AUGAUCGCCCCCACUGAGCCUGUUCAGUCCUCCAAUUCGGCCAUCCCUAUCACCCAAUUCCAUCCUGACAUCACCCGGGAAGCCUUGGAGGAAAAGGUUGUUCUCAUUGUGGGAGGUUCCAAUGGCAUCGGCGCCAGUCUUGUAGAGCUUUGCUGUGAGAACAACGCCUACGUGAUCAUUGGCGACAUUGAUUCUACCGCCGGUGCCCUCUUGAGCCAGAAGUGCCGUGAUAAAUGGCCUGUCUACUGGGACCCUUCUGGCCCCCCGAAGCCUCCGCGCUCCUCUUUCCAAGAGACUGAUAUCACGGACUACCAAUCGGUGCUUAAUCUCUUCGACUUCACAUUUAAGACCUACAAGCGCAUUGACCAUGUCGUUGUUACUGCUGGCAGUAUGGAACCAAAGGAGAACUGGUUUGACCAUGCCCUAAGCCUCCAGGCUGUGCGCGAGGUAAGCUACCUCACAACUUACCUACUGAGAGAUCCUGCUAACAAUGAAAAGCCCCCAUCCACCAGAGACCUUGACGUCAACCUCACUGGGACCCUCUACGUCGUUCGUCUCGCUGGUGCCUACCUCCGCCACAACCGUGGCCCUGGAGUAGACCGCUCCAUUACAUUAUUCUCUUGCGCCGCAGGUUUCAAGGAAACCCCGGGUGUGUCUGUUUACCAAGCAGCCAAGCACGGCGUGCAAGGCCUAAUGCGAUCCCUGCGCCCCUACUUCAUCUCCCCUUACAAGCACAACCUCCGUAUCAACACCAUCUGCCCCUGGAUGACCCAGACUCACCCGGCUGUAACAAAGAAGCUCUGCGACCGAUGGGAGGAGGAGGGCCUUCCCAUCAGCUCCCCUCUCCAGGUGGCCCAGGUGGCUGCUGGCGUGCUCGUGGACGACUCACUCAACGGUACCUCGAUGUAUGUCGAGGGUGGCCGCGCCUGGGAGAUCGAGGCGAACCUUGAUCGUCUCGAGCCACAAUGGCUGGGGGAGGUUCCCGCGAAAACACUGGCUCAGGGGCAGAAGGUGCUGAAGGACGCCUGGGCUGCAUGAAGAAUGGCCACCACACGACUACCAAAAAUAGCACUCUUUCACGUUGAUACCCAUAGCGUUGGCCAGACUGGACACAGCACAGUUUCAUUGAGAUGUGAUGAAAUUACUAAGACAUAUAUAAUGAAGAAGAUAUGAAUGAAU